AUGCUUUCUGAUCCGGUGGUGACACCUGACAUAAUUUUAUUAGAAAAUAGCGGCACGGCGUGCGCUCAUUGGCUAGCCGCGACUAUAGAUAUUAAAUCCAAGGUAAUAAGCACUCUACAAAGAAGGCCGAAAGUUUGGCAGAAUCGCAGAAGAUUAGUAAUGGAGCCACCGAGCGACGCUCACGGUACGGCUAGAGCUCAGGGUUUGGAUCAUCGUGAAGACCAUACUACGUCCUCUUUAUUGGAGCUGGUUCCAAGUUUGGAGCAUUCAAUCGUUGGUAUAUUGAAUCACAACGGCGAGCUAAAUGAUCAAGAUUCAGGUAGGGGCUAUCUUGUUAGGGUAACAAAUCUUCGAAAAUUUUGUACUCAUCACUCACAUUAACUCAGUAUUAUAAAAAAUAAAUUUUCUAAUGACUUGAGUGAGAGCUCCUUCUAAUUUAAUUCACUUGAUAUCUGCCUUAACAGAUAGCGGCAAGAACGGCUGUAUAGACGGCAAAGGCUCCCCAACUGAGCACAAGAGGAUUGAUACUGUUUCUCUAGAUGAUGAAGAUAGAAAGGGCAGUGAUACCCAAGGCGUCAAACAGAAGCGACAUCGCACUCGAUUUACUCCAGCCCAGCUGAACGAGCUCGAGAGAUGCUUCGCUCGCACGCAUUACCCCGACGUGUUUAUGAGAGAAGAUCUUGCAGCACGGAUUGGACUGACAGAAUCGCGAGUUCAGGUACAAAUGUUAAAGACCGGCAAUAUAUGAUUAACUCGAUAUCAGUGGGAGAAAAAUAGCAGUUUAAGGAUCUUUUGGCAUAAUGAAGUUUAUGUAACGGUUUGUUUUGAGAUGAAAAACAAAAACGCUCCUCCGUAUAAAUACCUCUUAAUCUUUGGCACUUUUUUCCCAGCAACUUAGUCGUACAAAGCGGGCAGACGUUAGCUAGUUAGAGUUUAGUAUCUGAUUUCUGUUAAAUGAUAAAAUCGUUUACGCCGCCACCAAUUUUUUCCGGCUGUAAUGAUAUAUUUGUAUACUUUUCGCCCUAAUCACUUUCACACUGCGGAAAGACUAGCACAAACCUUUCAAUUCAAAGACGCUGUCUCGGGGAAUUAUGUCAGUAAGCGAGCAAUAUUUGCAAGAAGAAAUCAAAUUUUUAUUGCUGCGAGAACGAUUUAUUAUUUUUAUCGCGGACACAACAAGAAUUGCCUUUGUGGUAUUAAUUUGCUUUUUGUUUUGAGAUACGCUUUACCGGUGGUCUUCAGCGAGCGAGAAAUGGCACGUCCCUCGCGGCUAAAUUUCUCGUCAAAUGAUUAUAAACCGUGUGGAAAGAUAGAUGGGUUUGCAAACCGUGGGUUGUUCCUGUUGAUUCCCUAUUUCCCGAGCGCUUGACCGUUGGCGUGGUAGAACUCUCAGAGAGAAGGUAGACCACACAUCUCUGAAUGUACACAAUGAAUAGAUUAUUAAAAACAUAUUCAAUAGCAAUGGCCAAAAUAAACCUAUUGGAAAUUCUAAUGAAGUGAGCCAAACGGAAAACCCUCUCGUGAUUUUUAAAAUUUAUCUGCAAGCUAUUAUGUCUAAGAAGUGCAAGUGAAUAAUGGGUGCUGCUGAAAUGGAAACUAUUAUCUCGAAACAGUGUGUUGCAUUUGCCAACCGUAGUUGUGUUUACACCGGCGUAGAAAUAAUUACUUUCAAGUAUUUUAGCAGAGUGGAGGUGUUCUUUUCUGUUUUGACUUUGCUGUCGGGGUAAUUGGAAAGUUUUUCUUGGCUUCUUCUGAUACUACAUUAGAGUGUCGAAGCUUGUCAAAUUUCGGUUAUCGCAGAUUCGAUAUUAAACGAUGGAAAUGAGGUACUACAUCUCGCCUAUAAACACCUGUUUCAAUACAUUCUGCGCGUUGAUCGCGGACAGCUGAAUUCUACUUUAGUUCUGAAAAUUCCUUCUAGAAAUAUAAAGUGGUUUUUGGUUCUGGAAAAACAAAAUGUUAUCGAUAUCUGUGGUAAAGUUAUAUGUACUGUAACUUUGUAAACAUAGUUUUAUCUUCAACGAAGGAAAGAAAAACUUCUAUAAACUAUUUAGGGUUACUUUCACAUUAUAGUACGUGAAAUUGAAAAGUCACAUGCAAGAUAUUAAUUUGCCCCUGGAGCUAAUAAAUUCUGGUCUACAUUUUGUCAAGCUUUUAGUUAGCUUCAGGUAGAACUUUAAACAUUUUUCAUGAAGUCAUUUUCCAGGAGAAACAGUGUUGCGUAUUAGAAAGGCAGACUAGUACGGAGCUCGUUAGAGGAGAGAGUGAUUUGAAAGACAAAGCAAAGACCGGUGUUUUUCAAUAUAAUUAGAAUACCUAUAAAGGCGGGCGGGUUCGCUUAGCUCUCUUGUAAUUACAUUUUUCAUUUCAGCGUGUUCUUGGCCGCAUACUUAUAAAGGACAGCGAACUUAAGAAGUGGAUUACCUCAAAACCGCCUUAGAAUUAAACCGUGCCGGGCAUCAAAACCUGUUUACUUAGAAAAAAUAUUUGGCAUGGUUCAAAAUCCGCUAUUUUGAGCUACUUUGUACUGAGAAGUCUAUUUUUGGUCACCAAGUCGUGUUUGGAAAACGCACUGAUUUUUUUGGAGGAUUCUUUUAGUGUGACCUUUCAUUCGAAUUUACACUUCUGUUUUUGCUGGUUCUCCUCAGUGUAGUCAGUAAUGAAAUUAAAGAUAAUUACUGCAAAACCAGGGUUCGUAUCUCUUUUGGUUACUCGUAUUGUACUGAGCGAUUGUUCGGAGAACUAAAUGAUUAGGAAUACAAAGGAACCAGAGUCAUAACCACAAUUAUGUUAUUUUCGCGUCUCGCUGAACGACUACUGAAUUAAAAAGUCACUAAAAACGUAUUAGUAUAUGAUGCUUGACUGUUAUUCCUUGUUUUGCUGUAAAUAGGUAGUUCAAUAGAUUGGUUCUUGGAAAAGAGUUUUAUAAUUAGGGCCUCAAUCUUUCUUGUCGUCGAAACCAAAAUGUUACGCGUAGAUUAAAUGUACUCUGUGUUUGAACAUAAAAAAAUUGUGUUGUGUAUACGUUAUCGCGAAGAAAAGACGCUUGUACUUUUGGGUAGGCAAAUUGUUUUGAACAAGUCGUACUAAAUUGAAAAUAUUAGCUCACUCCAUGGGUGGUUAAUUUUUAGGCGUGACAAACCCGCGCUUCUGGCAAUGAUCAUGACACAAGGCAGAGAACGACCCUGACCCCUAGAAAGAAAAACCUAAACAGUUUACUUAAAUCUUAAGCUUCGUUGUAAAACUUAAAUUAAUCGUCAAUUGCAAGGAAAUAGAACCAGAAAAUAUUAAAUGUAACCUUAAAUCACAUUUCAUUUAAAAAUGACGCCUGUGCAGUUUAACUGCUAUUGACACAAAAGUUUGUACACCAAGAAACUCAACGCGGAUUUGCGCACCUUAGCUGUGUUAAAGGGAUUUGAUUCACUGCGACAAGCCAGACACGCGGCGGUACAGAACACCGAGGCAAUACCAAAAUUAUUUACCGGGAUAUAUUCUGAACCAUUGUACAAAAUAUUCUAUAGCGGUCGGCACAUUGGCGGCACAGAUCCGUGUUUGCUUUAGAGGUAUCGAUAGGUUACGCCGGGUUGAUCAAAGUGUAAAAUGAAAACAUCAAGUCUAUUGUUUGCCUUUUCUGCUCGUUUAAAAAAUAAAACCGAAAGUUUUAAAAUAGAAGUAAAUCACUGCACUGUCGUCAAGGAUUUGAGUAUUUCCUUGGCUCUUUGUCUGAUCACUGCGCUACAAGUUAUUGAAGGUUUAAUGGCUUUAUUAACGACGAUUGGCGAGAAAUCUCUUAAGCGGUGGAUGUCAAAGAUGGAAUAUUGUGAGAAAAGGGCCGGCUUCGCCAGCAAGAAUGUUACUAUAUGUUCAGUUGGGGUUAUUAAGUAGAAAUCCUUUGUCGGCAAAUAAUAAAGCACGGUUUUUAUUCUAACAAAUCCGUGGCAAACGCAAUCUUAAAACUAAAAACAAAUUGAAGAUAGAUUGAAUACGGAUUGUAAAUGGUACAAAAGUUUUUAUGCCGGAUUACACCUUAGAAAAACGUGCAACGUAAGAAAAAGUGUACAUUUCCCUUUGCCAGCCCCGCGAAAAAUGUUUACUUCACAUAUUUAAAGAAUUAUAUUUUAAAUUUAGCUAAUAAUUUUCUUAAUCAUCAAAGCUAAACAGCUUCAAACGGAACAAAACUAGAAAUAACUUUUAUUUUGGUGGUGUAUUUUAAACCUGAGAGGAGAUGCGUGUGAAUUUUGCUAACAAAGCAUCACCAUAUUUUCCAUAUUUGCGAAGAGAAAUUUUGGACUCCGUUGAUACUUAAAUUAAGGUUGUCUUGAAGUUUUCCAUCGUUGGUUUUAUAUAUUUAGGAAUAAAAAGAGAGUCUUGAAAUAAAAAGAAGUAAAUAUAAGGAAAGCCGACGGUGGACAGCAUAUGCUUGAUUUUCUGUACCCAAGGCGGCAACCUGGUGCCACUUUGUUAACUGAACGGGUACCGGGUCAUGAUAAUUUUCGGACUAUUCAAAUCUUUGUAAAAAUCACAGUUAAACCCGAUACGUUUCUUCAGUGAUAAGGUUUUUCUGAGAAAUCUUUAGUCAUAGCUAUUCAAGAAGCAGCUGCGAGUUUUGAGAAAUCUUUGGGAACUUCAGGAAAUAAAUUACGUGGGGUUAGUCAAUUUCCUCGGGUAUACCUCAAACAAUUAUUUUCAAUCGAUACGACUACCUGCUAGUUUCUUAUUUCAUCGGUUUUUAGCCGAAGGAAGAGUCGUGUUGUAUACAUGUGCUUUUUAUACAAACAAAAGUAUCAUUUUAAUAGUUCACUUUGUUAGCGACUUAAGAAGCAAUUGAGUUUACGGGGGGCUCGCCAAUUUCUUUCAGUGUGAUUUUAAAGAGGUACCUCUUUCAAACGAUACAAUAAGGUACUUUCAUGUAUUUUUUGUAAAGUUAUUUUUUAGGUGAGAUAAGAAGUUGUGUUAUACAUGUGCGUUUUUAUACAAACAAGUGUAUCAUUUUAACUGUUAACAUUCCCAACGGACAGUUAGUUUCUUUCCCGUUAAAUUGGUGCCUUGUCUUAUUGAUAGAAAAAGUUAACAUUCAACAUUUUUUUCGAAUUCCUCAGACGUAGGUUUUUGUUAUUAAUGUAAGCAAUUUCUCCUUCCAAUUCGAAUAUUUUGCUUUCUUAUUUUUGCUGGUUAGGCCCAAUGCAAACUUCAUCAAAAUUAGCAUUUUUUGUGUUUGCAGAUAAAACUAAACAACCAAGAUUUGUCGGCGAAGUAAAAGCUUACUCACUUCUGUUUUGGCUCUAUUCAACAUAGGAGAAAAACACUUAUUUAUUAAAAAAGUGACGAAGGUGACUUUAACAAUGAUUGAGAUACUUCAUUCUUUGUUUUAGUGUCUCUAGAGUAGGGGAAAAAAAGAAUAUAACGUUUAGUUUGUUGUAAUACCCGAGCUUGUUAAAUUUCAAGUGACUUCUUGUAAAAUGCGAAAUAAUUGUUUGCAAAUCGACAUAAUCAUUUUCCGACAAUGCCGCGAAGAAGAUUAAUUAAAAACUUCACUCGUAUGUUUAAACAGCUUUCUAGGAACAAAUUUUGUCAGCCCUGGUUUCCUCUCCUACGUAGAACGCUCUCUGAGUGUAGGAAAAUAGCAAUUUGAUUUCGCUAUCAGAGGCUAUCUACCAAGAACAAUCGCUCAUCCUGCGUAUUCAGAAUGCAAUUAACAGUAUUCAAUCUCAAUUUCCACUAAGAUUGCUUCGUCCACAAAGGUGUGGUUUCUGUCCUUUUUUUAAAUUAAAUUUUUCACUCCGAAGCAUUUUUUAAAACCCAAGGCUAUUUUUAUUGUACGGCUGAGAAGAGUCGCAUUUUUCCCAAAAGAAGGAAUUCAUAGUUUUAGUAUGUUAAAAAUUUCUUAUCAAUUUGUUAGUUAAUAGUCUCUUCAGGAGUUUGCGCAACUUAUAAACAAAUUGGGGCAUGUUUUACUUUUGUAUUCGUUGAUGUUCGACUUCGAUUAAGCUACUGAUACUGUAUGUUUUGCCAAUGAAGUGAAUAUACAGUAACUUUGAAUUGUGAAAACAUGCGCUAACAUUUCGCAAAUCAUGAUGCAGUAUUUACGUUGUAAAAGUGGCCUUCAGCGAAGUGAGCUUUCAUGAAGGGGAAACAUCGUCAAAAUAAUUUAUUCGCCGCAGGUAGUAUCUACAAAUGGCUACGCUGAAAGCGGACAGUACCGAAGACGAGAAAUCGUUAAUAGGUUCAAAAUUUUGGAUGAAUUUACCCCCAUUAAGGUAGCACUUUAUUAAGAGAAAUUUUCAUGAAGAUAUUUGACAUUAGGUCUCUCGAAGAACACGUUCUGUGAAUAAUAUGAAGAAUAGUCGUUGAGAUGGAAAUGUCUAACUCUUUCAAUUUAAGUUAAACUGAAAAUAAACAAAUAAUAGAUAUACAAGAAGUAUAAAUUUAAGUGUUCGGCAAAGUCUUGAAUUCUGAACGUCUUUAAAUUUGCAACGCAAUUUUUCGAAACUGAAAAAAGUCUGGUAAAUGGAGAGAAAAUCUGGAAAAAUGGUAAAAAAAAUUGAAGUUUUUCUAAGCUACAACAAGUACUUUGUAAGUGAACUUUUUCCCGUGGUCAAAUCUCCUUCAGUCUCGCCUGUAACAUAGAAUGUUACGGGCAUUUUUCUCGUAGAAUGAGAAGUUUCAGAACUCUCUAUGUCUGCAUUGCACCCUGAUAACUUUACGUUUGCAGUACAUCAAGAGAAAAGAUUGGUUCUGAUAGUUUCCUUUCGAGGUUUCUAUUGAUCAUAUAUUUGAGAACCUUGAGUCCAAAAAAACUGAAAUUAUUGUUGUGGAAAAAAAUCUUGAAGUUUGGAUCCAAAAGUCUCUACGCACCCUGGUUAAGGAAAUAUGUCAUGUAAUAAGUACAAGUUCUAGUUGUUUGGAGAUACAUAUAGUGUGAAAAUCCAUGUACAGCUAUCGCAGAAGAACCUCUACAUUGUGACAUAUGAGUUAUUUUUCACUGAGCUUUUCUUCUCAAAACAUAGCCGGUUGCAGUGUUUUUUUUUUUUUUUUCCUAAUUUUUUUAUAUUUGGAGCCCUUGGGAAGAAACGUUUUUUCUUACUGAUCAAUUUUAGCUGAGGCAUAACAAGUCGGUCUUACUUUUGAGCCCGUUUAAGGAAUCCUGUUUUUAUGAUCAAUCAAAUAAAACCCUUCCAGUGAUACUGUUACGUGGAUCUAUUUGUUUUACAACAUAUAGCAGGACAACAAGUAGGAUUUUUUUGCGAAUGUUUAUUUGCAGGUACUUGAGGUAGUGAUAAUAUUAUUUUGUAGCCGAAUGCUGUUUCCCUCUUAUGUCCCAUUCACACUAACAAAGCUGGCAUAUUUUAUCAAACCCGACCUUUUUAAAAAAAUAAGAAAAUAAGUGGGAGAAGACUGGGUUUUAUACAGGAUUCGGCAAAUCAGCGUUAACUUGUUCAAAAAUAUAUAUAUAUAUAUAUAUAUAUAUAUAUAUAUAUAUAUAUAUAUAUAUAUAUAUAUAUAUAUAUAUAUAUAUAUAUAUAUAUAUAUAUAUAUAUAUAUAUAUUUCUUGUAAAAAACACACAAAAAAAAAAAAUAUAAAUUCUAAAAAAAAACAUAUAUAUAUAAAAAAAAAAAAAAGAAAAAAAAAAAAAUAAUAUAUAUAAAAAAAAAAAAAAAAAAAUUUAAAUAUAAAAAAAAAUAUAUAUAUAUAUAUAUAUAUAUAUAUAUAUAUAUAUAUAUAUAUAUAUAUAUAUAUAUAUAUAUAUAUAUAUAUAUAUAUAUAUAUAUAUAUAUAUAUAUCAUUUUAAAACGGUGUGGAUAGGGAAUAAGUCAAAAUGAUGUGGAUCUUACAACGGUGUCUCCUUGGUACAACGGAAGGGUCAAUCUGUCCUGUGCCUUUCAACGAGACACCUGUGGGUCACCCAUCCCGACCAAAUAACCAUCACCAUCACCAUCUGUAACCUUGAAAGUUACUUAGCUAUAGUUUCUUUGAAAAGACAAGCCAACUGAUCAUCAUGUUUUUCCCUUGUAGGUUUGGUUCCAAAAUCGUCGAGCAAAGUGGAAAAAACGCAAGAAGACGGCGGCUAUUCUCCGUCCUCCAGCGCCCAUUCUGCCUUCCCAUAUGGCACAGGCAUAUAAUCCAAGCCCCAUAGCGGACUCCCUAUGUACCUUCCAUAAUGACCACAGGUGGCCCACCACAGUAGGCACAGCCAUGCCAACAAUGGCGCCAGUUACCACUCCUUCUCUACCGCUAUCGCCCCCGCACCAUCCAUUCGCACAGACUGGGCACGAUGUACUCCAGCAAUCGUAUUCACACCAGUCGUCUAUGCCUCGGUCGCAUCUGAGCAUGUCCAUUCAACAACAAGGGAACUCGCCAGCUCAGCCAACCUUUCAACAACCGUUCGUUGGCACCAGAGAGAUGCCAAUAUCGUCGUCGCCAUCUCUUCAAGAUAUUCAAUGCAGUAUUCCUAAUGGUGGAGAGUUAUGGCGGGGCUCGAGUAUAGCGUCUUUAAGAAGAAAAGCACUUGAACAUAAGGCCGCAUUUACGUAUAGAUAAGUGGUAUGCCAGUACAGUUACGGCGUUGGGUCAACGUCUAGACUUUCAACCAGCGAGAUAAAUCGAUAUACUUACUUUACGCUUAUGCUCCAUCCACCUACAAUGAAAAAUUUUACGUGUAACAUAUUAGUGAAAUAAUCAGUACAGAAGAAAGCUUAUUAGGUCGUCCUGUUAGUCGUUCUGCCAUAUUCGCUAAAGAGAUUUUAAAAUUAGAAAUUAUCUGGUUUAGUGAAAACGUAUUUCUCUCUAAUUUUGGAACUUCCCGAACGCAAAAGAUCUUUGGCUUGUAGAAAAAGUUUAUUGAACAAUAAUUUGCCAUGUUAUGCCAUAUAUCGACCAGAGAGCAAACUUUCAUGUUUAAUAGAUUGAAAUUGUCAAUUUGGGAAACAUCAGGAAAUCUGCCAAUCAAGGUGUAGAACUGGAUGAACUGGUGCUUUGAUCUAUGAAGAGAGGAUAAAGAGACCCUCUGACCUCUCGUUAUAAGGUUCAUGUCCACAAUUUUCGAAUGUUUUAUCGUCAUCCAACACACACUGAAAUCAUUUUGAAUAUAGCACGUCCCAUUUGUACGUUUUAAUCGUUCUUUUUUUCUUGGUUCGUUUCCAAGUACAGUUAUAGUUUUUUCAGUGAUGUUAAACAGGCCUUUGGACCAUAACAAAAAUAUUGGACAUACAAACAGGUUCAUUCUUCCUGAAUCCUGGGUACGCUGGCUACAAUAAUAAAAGAAAAAUCGGGUAAGACCAUUGAUGCUAAUAAUCCAGUCAAAUUUGCUUUUAUUUGUGACCUCGUGUAAAGUUUUGGUAGAAACCAUCAUUUCCAGCGUGAAUAUAUCACUCUUGCAUCACUAUAGGGAAAAAAUAAAUCACGAACUAUUUAAGGGUUUGACGCAAAUUGAUCAAAGCAGCUGUCAAAAGUUAAUAAAAAGUUAAUUAUCAAGUACGAAGUGCAACGAAAACUUCAUCGAAAGGUCUUAACUAUAUGGUAUGGACUCCUCACGUGGUGCAGUUCUGUUUGAUCAGUAAAUUACUAUUCCAGCGUCAAAAGAUGCCAGAAGACCUGCACUAGAGUAAGCGUUAAAUUGCGUUUAAAUCCUAUCGCCAGGUUAUUGAGAAAAUUCAUUCUGUUUUGAAAAAUAUUUUUUGAACACAUACGUAAUUUUGCAAUUGAGUUUCAUUUUAUAUUAUGUAAGUUAUAAACGUUUAUUUGGAAGAUAGAUUGCUUUCUUUUUUAACCGGCUGAAGAACCCACGAAAGCAAGAAAUUACAUUCAUAGUUUCCUUAUUGGAAACUUUAUACACACUAUUGAUUUGCUGUUGUCUUCAAUGAAAUGUAGUCAUGUUUUCCUCUUGGUAUCUUUUAAGGUCCAAGUUGAAGAAAUAUUGUGAUACUAGGAGGAAAACAUGACUACAUUUCGUUGAAUACAACAGCAAAUCAAUAGUGUGUAGAAAGUAGGUAUUUAUUUACCGUCUGUAGAAGAAGAGGGUAGUCGUUAAUCAAUUUUUAAACGUUUCGUUGCAUUUUGAAUUUUAAGUUACCGUCUUUGUAAAUUUUCUUAUGAACAACAACGCCUACAGCAACAGAAUCAAGUAAAAGAACGUAGAAGUCGACGUUUUUUCUUAUGCAAUUUUCAAUUCAAGAAAUGGGGGGAAUGUAUUUGAUCAACAUUCUUUUCUUAAGCUUUGAUGCUAGUCCUAGUAACAUCCUGAUCAAUAGAAAAAGCGCUAUACGUUUACAUAGGAAGCUCACCGAGUGUUCAGAGAAACCUGUCACUCAGCCCUCUGGUUUUAAAUAUCUAUCUUCUAGCCGGUACAACCAUUUUGAUCUCUAUUUUCCACUCCAUUGGGUUUAAAAUUAAUCUUUCCACUAGAAUAAACUAAUGAAAAUAUGGAAAUGUCCUCUUAAGUCUAGAUGUGGGUUAAGCGUUUCGAACGACAAUUUUACUAAAAUUGAUUGUUUCACUUGGAAUCUGACGCGCCGGCAACAGAAAGUUUGAUCUUUGUCUGGCAUUUGUUUUUUAAAAAGUAUUCUAAGUUUUACACUAAAGGCCUUGAAUUUUUUCUGGAAAACUUAACGUUAAACGUACGUGGCAAUUUACACAUAAUCAUCAAAAUAUUUCAAUCGCAUGUUAAAACAACGACAAAAGGAGCAUCUUCUUGCAGUUAUGUAAUUUCGUAAUAAUAAUAAUAAUUGUAAAGUAGCCGAAGAUUUGUUAGGAUUGGUACAACACAAUGCAUAAUUUUAUUGUUAUUUAAGAUAUAGUAGAGUGACUAUUUAUGUUCUUUUCAUUAAUAAGCAGCUUGUGAUAUGAUCACAACGUAAUUCGGGGGUGGAAUCAUGCCCUCGGGCUAUGAUUUGAUUGAGGACCCCGCGGUUUGCCAAAGACUCAACGCGUAGUAAGGCCAAAUGGGCAGCCAGCAUGUAAUUACUAUAUGGAGACCGAUCUUAAAUAAAGCUUGAUGACCCGAAGAUUACUGGCUUUGUGUAAAGGCUUAACGUCAAUCCCGAGAGAUAUUUUUGCCAAUUUUCUUAGAGGAAUGGACUGAAUCCCUUUAGCUAAAUAUAUAUAUAAUGUUGCUCCUAAAACGCAUCGACAAUUUCCUUAACGCUCACUUUCCGUUGUUAAAAUAGCUUGACGUGAGUAGAAAAGAAACUUGGAAAAAAUAGACCUAAAAAUUCCCUUUGUGGUAAAACGGAUCAUGAUUCAUGAUGAUUCACCAACACACACAUUUCUAAGCUGGAAGUUUCUCUUUGUUAAAUAUAGCUUCAUCACGUUAGACUGAGGGGUCUCCCGCAUGAGUUAGCGGGUCGGUCGGUUUUAAAAGCCAAUCUAACGAAACACGAGCGUAACAAAAUCCACGCAAUAUAUCGCUUUUCAAAACACGUUCAUGAGGCGCUCGAAAUUGCAAUUCAAAAAGCUUGUUUAUUUUUCAAAUCUCUUCAUCCAAACAAACCCCUCUUACUCAAAGUUCAAAGCUCCAGUCAAAUUGCAAAUCCAAUCAUAAUCGUUUCGAAAGAAGCUAGAGAUUUCAUCAACCCCCUUUUUUUAUUUAAUUUUAUUACCUUUGGCGGCAAAGCAGUCCUAUCUAGUCAGUGUCCCAGAACUGUCAAAUGAAUGAAGACUUUAACAAGAACCUUAAUUAAAAUUGAUUUUAAUUUCCUUCAACUCUGAAGGCCGCUACUAUAGCUACACCCUCAUUCUUUAAACUAUCUGUUAAUGAAAAAGGUAGGGAACACAAUGAUAAAGACAAUGGGUCGAUUUUCCAAUUUAAUAGGAAAAUAAAUUGCAUUUGCGCCUUGGCAAUAAAUAGCACGCGCUCAAUUUAUAAAGUAAUGCUUGAAAAAAGAGAUUGUACGACCUGAAAAAGAACUGGUUAUCAUAGAAAUUAUGAUUAUGUUGUUGGAUUGUAUUUCUUGAUCAUUAUUUCGGUACAGUUUAUCCAAGAUCUUGAUAAACAGACGCGCUGUUCCGCUCUCGGAAAUCGGUGGAAGGAAAAUGAGAGCAGUCCAACAGUGAAAACGCUGUCGUCAGUUCAUUCAAAAGAUCAAAGACCUUCGCGGCUUGUAGGGAAUUUCUUCUUUAAUUCACCAAUUGAAAAGUAAGCCGAGAUUUAUUAGAUUUUUCACUUAUUUUACACGUGCCAUCCAGAUUCUGAGCGUGCGCAGUUCACUUGACGACCGAUUUCCUUCGAGACCGUUAACUUUACUUAACGAUUUCAACUUUAUUACUAUCAGAGGAUUACCACGUCUUGCAGUUAAUAACCAUUAAUUACAAGCACAUUAGGCUAAGUUUAAGCUAAUUCCGAUGACUUGCGCGUAAGUAAAAACCGUAUGUCUUACCGUCUUAACCUACAAGCAAGGUUGGUCAUUCUCAGAUCAUUCAAUGAAUAGAUGGAUAUUUCUUUAUGUCGUGCGCGCCGAACACCUUUUCCGUCCAAUAUCCCUUUGUAGUAUGUUUAUAGUCCUGUGAUUAAAGUAAAUCACUUAAACAGCAAACACUGAUCACACGCAAGCAAAACUCAUGCACUUAAUUAUUCAGUUUCUUUAAAUGUUUGAAAACCAAUAUUGAGCUUACAAACCGCGUUUCCUUGGUUUGCUUGGUGGGGCGGAAUCACUAGGUCUGUGCUGAAUGAAAUAAUAAAAAAAGAAGAAAAGGAACGUACCGGCCUGAAUAUCUCUCAGAUAUUACAAUUUAUAAUCGUCGACAUGAAUAAGGCAGAGUACAUGCCAAAGCUUCUCUUAAAAGUAUAUGACAUUUAUUAUAAUUUAAUUUCUUUUCUGUCCAUUUUGCUAACGCCUUUAGUCACUGCUACGUUCCAUCUAACAUAGAAACAGUUGAAUACGAAAUGAAAGCACCGUGAUUAUUUAUUGUCAAUCAAAAUAAGCACCUCUUUCUUUUCACUAAUGUGUUCUUCUCACACUCCCCUGGUUGCGUUCAUUAGCGAUUAGCCUUUCUUAAGUAAUCACCGCUCUGUCACGACUAACAAACAAGCAGGCAAUUUCAAUACAAUAUCAGAACAUAGAAAAUAUUGAGUUCUGUAUCGUGAUUGGACGUCUCUUUGUUAUCUAGAUAUCUUAAGCAUUAUUUCACCCGCCUAGUAUUAUUAAUUCACUGUUAGCACGAGCGGACCAAGUAUUUUGUUAAUAGAUUGCGGGACGAUAGAUUAGUUGGUGCUUCGUCUCGGACCUUCUGAUAGUUAUGACCAAGAUGAGUUCUCCCAUCGGGAAAGAUUCUACAGCACCGCACAAGAGCGAUUUGAAAAGCACCGAGACAGACAGCGAAAACAUUGACGAUGUCUGCCAGUUCCUAAGUUCAAAUUUGAAGCGAAAGGCUGAGGGAAAGUGCAACUCACCUACGAGUUCUAAAGGGAGCCACAGCGAUCGCGACUCGGAUUACGAGGACUCAAACAGCGAACCACAAGGUAGGCCUGCUUGAGCUUUUAUAAUGUCCAAGUGAAGUGACCACUUUUGAAAACUUUGUCAAUUUGUCUAAACAACGUACUUUCCUUCCUAAGAAAACCUAAACAACUUCUUUUCUUUUGUGUUGGGCAGAUGACUGUAACGACGGAUCACCAGGGAAGAAGAAGCAUAGACGAAACCGAACUACUUUCACGACCUUUCAACUCCACGAACUUGAACGUGCGUUCGAAAAAUCACAUUACCCAGAUGUGUACACAAGGGAGGAAUUGGCACUAAAAAUUGACCUUCCCGAAGUUCGAGUACAGGUACAAACGAUCUUAAUUUGUGUACUUUUUCUAUUAUCUAGCUUUGUAAAUAAAUUUCAUCAGGAGAACAUAAUAUCACUAACGCUUUGUUAGCUUUCAAGUUGUUAAAAUGAUGAUGACGCUGUUUUAUCAUUGUUACAACCGGUUCCGUACCGACUAGGGACUUACUGAUACGCGAAGCGAAUCAUUUUAAUUUUAUCUAUUUACCUAUUUUAUUUUCUUAGGCAAGUGGGGGGAGGGACAAGUUUAGCUACCAUUACAAGCGUGUGUGUAGUUAAACGUCAUGGUUUGAUAGGGUUAUCUCGAAAAGACCUAAUCAUUAUUAAAAGAACAUUAACGGAAAAAACAGCCUCAUAAUGGACAGGAAACUGAUUAUAAUAAAAAUAACCUUUGAUUCAGAGUUAGAGUUAAAGAACACUUUGGCGAUAAAGUUUACUUUUAGAUCCUUAAUGUCAUAAUCAUUAGCAACAGGCGAGGCUGGACAGAAAAAAGAAACCGUUCGUUGCAUUUUUAGACAUUAAAUCGCAAAUAUAGUAAGCAGACAAUCUAACCUCGCUCUCUGUAGGUACUGUUUUGUUUUCUCGUUUUGCCGUACCUCUCUUGUAAAAACCCAUUAGUGUGUCAAACGUAUUGCGGGUGCUUAGUUCUUCAUAAUAACUCUCUAUAGUUAUUGUGACAAUAGCACAUCCAAUAGAACAACGGACAGCGUGUGAAAUCCACAUUCUAUGCCCGUCUCAAGAAAAAGUGUUUGCAGAGGGUGUCCAAGACAGAAUUAAGUCUAAUUAAACUGCCAUUCGGAUCUCAUCAUUUCGACGAGCCAUGUUUAUAUCGUUAAUUCGAGGUUUUUUUCCCCCUGAAAAUCACUGUAAAUGGCUGGAGCACCAAGAGCUUUCUCGAGAAUCGUUAAAAGACGAUGGGGAAAAGUAGCGGUACUUAGUGGCGCAUUAAUCAUUUCACGAAAAGUCGACGACUAAAAAUCCGUCAUUUAAUGUAUAUUUUUCUUGUUUCGUUGUAAAAGUGUGAUUUGGCUUAAUUAGGACGCAUUAUUAUCAGUUACGAAGGUCCAGUAAAAUUCAUUUUCACGCCGUGAGUGAAAUACGUGUGUCGCCAAAGCGCCUGUGAGCCCAGCAAAACAUGAAGUUCAUUUUAAUCGAAGUUACUUUGUAAUGUUAAGUCCUUUUCUUUAUCCUGGGUGUUUCUUUGUUGCAUUUGUUUUAUUUCCUGUAAAUUUUCAAUUUAAACUUUAUCUUACUCAUAAUUGGAAAAAGUUUGCAGGCAACUCGGAAGUCAAGGAACAAAGUGAUUCAUUUUCUCUUCAAAGCUCUCUUUAUCUCCAGUAUAAUUUAGGAAAUCUUCAUUUAAAGUGCAAAAAAUAUUUAAAACUGAUAAAAGAAGACACUUAAAGACAGCUCUUUUCCGACGCUUUUAAAGAUUCAAGUAAUUGUCGCCUCACAGCGUUCGUAUUGAUUAUACUCCAUAUUACGAUUUUUUUGAUAACAAAACCGGUUAAGUUCUUAAUUUAUACGCCUACGUGGAAUACAAGUGAUUACUUUUAUCUGUUGAACAACCGACAAGAGUCUAGUGUUCAUUGUUUUGUUGUCUUUUUUAUCUGUUAUACACAUUCGCGAACGGUAAACUAUUGGUUAGAAAGCUAUGUGUACUUGUGUUAAAUCUAUAUCUUAGAACAUGCGCUUUCCUUUAUAGUUUUCUCAGCUAUGUUUAUAGAUGAUAACGUCCCCUUUACUCCAGGAUUAAUGCUUCGCUUUAAAACUUUCAAGAUUCAACCUAUUAUUGGUUGAGAUUUUGUUUAAUCUCUCAGUUAUCAUCUUCGCUUUUACUGAGUUACUGACAAGAUAUUGGAGUAGUGCUUGAAACGUACUUCUUUCCAUUUGUUUUUUGUGUGUGACUGUAAUUUUUUUCCUUCAAUUUAUGUGAUGCCCACAUUAUUUCUCAGGUCUGGUUUCAAAACCGAAGAGCUAAGUGGCGACGACAAGAGAAAAUGGAGAUGGCCUCCCUUGAAAACCUUCCAUCACCGACGCUACCUCGUGCUAAUUUCAGUAGUUUACCAUUUCCGGACCCAUGGAAAAGUUCCUUAACGUAUUCCCCAGCCUUUGGCGGAACGUUAUACCCUCCAACUACUUGUAACUUGCCGUCGUCACCGACAAUGGGAUGUUAUCCUGGGUCGUAUUCCCCUGCUGGUUAUGUACCAUUCUCGUCGUAUUUAUCGGGUGUUGGGUGCAUGGCUGGAAUGUCCCAGGGACCAAGAGACGAGAGAACAACGAGUAUUGCCGCUUUGAGAAUGAAAGCUAAAGAACAUAUGGAAAACUCUAGCAUCAAAGAGUGGUGUGAGCUGUCCGCAGCCACACAAUGA